CGUUUAUACGUAAAACUUCAGUACAUCACAAACAGAGAAGAAGGCAUUGUGUUAAUCUCCUUAUCAAAAUGAGCAACAGGCACAAAAAUAUGUCCUACUAUCGGCCUUGGGGCUCUAUGGAGAACGGUCAGAUAGAAUUCGAGUCUUUGUCGGACGAUACCUUGGAGGGUGCUCUCAAUGUGAUAAGAAAGAGCUUCUUUCUUUACGAAAAAAUAUGCAUAGCUGUGGAACUGAAUUCCGAACCAGGAGCAUCCAAGGAACUCGAGGAGCUCUGUUUGUACACGGCUAAGGACGGCGUGAGUAUGGUGGCCAUCGACGUCACCACUAACGAAGUUGUUGGAGUCGCGUUCAAUAAAAUUCAAAUGUCCUCCAAUAGUUCAGAGAAAAGCUUCUUCGAAUGCUUUAGUGAAAAUUGCCGAUACAAAUCAUCGAAGGCUCUGGUGGACUUCAUGAUAAACGUAGAUUCGCGAAUAAAUCUUUUCAAGCAUUAUUACGUCAACUGUAUUCUCGAGAUCAUGUUUCUAGCGACUCUGCCCAAUUACGGGAAACGACGAAUAGGUGAAAUGUUGGUCACUUCUUCAUUGGAGCUUGGAAAAGAGCUGAAACGUGGCAAAAACGUGAGAAUACCUAUCACGAUACAAGGCAGCAACAAAGUGAUGAAUGCCGACGCAGUGCCGACCUUGGCCUCCGCUAUUAUGACGUCCAAUUAUUCCUAUCAAAUUGCGAUGAAAUUGCAUUUCGAUCAGCUUUUGGAAGUUCCGUACGAUGAGUACGAGUACAAUGGAAAGAAAUAUAGCGAAAGAAUAAAUAGUCAGGAACACCGACGGUGUGUCUUGGUAGCUAAGAGGCUCUCCUCGAUAUAGACAAUAAUCGCGCCAGUAGUUAUGGUUAGA